UUUACCGUGGUGGUCAAGGUAUAUGGUAUGGACGAGUAAUUCCAUGUCAUGCAAAAAAUAUAGUUGAGACUACGGUCUUGGAUGGGAAAGUUAUCCAAGAUUUGUAUCGUGGAUCAAUGAAUGGGAGUUUCGCUCCUGGAAGAGGUGGAAGAUUGGAUUG